UGAGUUUUCAGUUGGAGCGCAACGUUAGCCGGUGACGGGCAAUGGGUCGUAUGCGAUAUAUAUGCGAUAUAUACCCGAUACAGACAGUAACGCCGUAGUAAUCAGCAAAGUCAGCAGGCGUAGGCGGAUCAAAAAUAGUUGCACAACUGCACUUUGACCGGAAAAAAGGACUAGGAGAAAAUGAAUACAGGAGCUCCUGCCACAAAGUGUUGAAACCCGAAUUUCGAUGGGCUAAAAAGCAGCUAAGAGUUGAGCUUAACCCUUCGGUGGUGCGGUGCGCCUGUUUUUUUUUUUUUGCGAAUUUCCCAUCGUCUGGUUUCCGUUCCCGUGCCAAAAAAAAAUCGAUAAUUCCGUGCUGUAUAAGUUACGGCAAAAGGUGCGCGGAUAUUCCGUUCGGGAUUUGAGUUCGGGUGUUUUGAGUACUACGCGUAAGGACCAAGUGUGCGCGAAAGAGAUUGAAGGAAAGAGAGAUUGUGAAUCACAAUAAAAAACUCGUAACCCGAUGUUCGACUCAAACGAAAAUCAUUUUCCAGAAUAAGAAACCUUUGCUUAUUACCGGUUAAAUACCGCGAAACUCACAAAAAAUGGUUUGAUGGAUGAAAAACUUUGUUCUAAGCAGAGAGAGAGCGAAAACUUUCUCACCGCCACCGUUACUCGCUAGCUACGGACUUACAACCUAAGAGAGAGUGGGAGAGAGAGAGAGCGAAGCGGAAUCGCAAAACGAAGCAGCGCGUAAAAAUAACAAACAAAAAUACAUGCGGAGGCGUAUAAAUAGAAACAGCGUGUAAAGCGCAACGGCAAAAAAGUCAGUAGUAUGUAGUAAUAGUAGUAGAAAGAGAAGGCAGACGUGGGUGCACCGUUGUCCUUGUGUGCGUGUGGCAUGUGGAGCGACUAAGAGCCAAAGCGGAAAAUCAUGAUAAAGUUUGUCAGGCAGAAAAAUCGCGAAAACACACUGAGGGCAUCUAAAAAUUUUAUGCGUAAAAAGCGUGAAUCGAAUGACUCUGGCACCGAAUCUGAUGGUGAACUCCUCGAUGUGGAAAACCAACGUCACUUAGACGUGGAUAUGGAAACUAGUGUUGCUGGCCAAAAAGCAACCGCUCCUGCAAUGAUGUGUCACCAGCAGACGUCGUCAUCCUGCGCCCAUCUCAUGUACGACCAGCACAGUUCCGAGGAGGAGUUGGAGGUGAUCAACGGGCCGUCCUCGCAGGCGGGCCAGCAUCCCGGCGGAACGGCGGCCGCGGGCUCCUCGUGCGCCUCGAGGAUCUCGAACCGCGGAUGCACCUCCUCGCUGGACACGGAGGCGCCCUACGAGGAGCGGGCCACAACCUCCAACUCGAAGCGGUCCAGCUCCACGCUGAUGGUGGAGAACCGCAAGCGGUCGCUGGCCCACAGCUCCGACGAUGAGCUGCGCAACUCGCUGGAGCCCAUUUUGACGCCCGUGAAUUUCCGCACAUCGCCGCCAUUGGAGGCAUUCAAGCCAAAUCGUAGCCAUAUGAUGUUCCGCUCCACAACGCCACUGAUAUUGUCGGAGGCCCGCUGUGGCAUCGAAAAUAUUAAAUUAUGUGAUAAUAGUGUAAACGAGGAGAAUGGCGACAACGGCGGCGGCGGCGGCAGCAAGUGUGCUAAGAUCGGAUCGGCAGGAGCAGCUGGCGGAGCAACUGGGGCAGCUGGGGCAACCGGAAAUGGCGGCAACGAGAACGAGCCGAGUGCAAUCAAGGCGUGCAGCAGCUCGCUGAAGAUGAGCAACAGCAGCCACCACAUCUACCAGCCGCAGCCGAAGUACAGCUUCCCGUACAACAGCUCGCGGAGCAGUCCGGCCAGCACCACCGGGCUGGACAUGGAGGUGCGGUCGGUCAGUCCGCCGGCGAAGCUGUUCCACUGCGCCAUAUCGCCCCGGCGGCGACCCAGCAACAAUGCCGGCGGUCCGCCCGCAACAAUAUCGCCAUCGUCAACGACACACAACGCUGCCAACUCCGCCGGAAGUGCCGGGAACGCCGGAAACGGCGGAAAUGGCGGAAAUGCCGCCAACGUCACCGCCGCCGCCACCCAGAGACUGCAGCGACCGCAUCGGCCGUGUUUAGAUUUUGAUAAGAUGCAGCAGGUUAGUCUCUAAUGCCGCGCAGGCUAACUAACUAAGGUGGUCAGCCGGCCGGAAAAAGGAGAAAGUCGAGGGAGGAGUUGGAAGUGAAAGUGGAAGUGGAAGUGGAAGGCGGGAGGAUGGGGGGCAAAUCAAAGACUUUUUAUACGAACCAACAACCACAGCAACAGGCCACUGAAACUGAAUCUAAAUCUGGAUCUGAAUCUGCGAUCGGAGAACAACAGAUAAUGCCACCCAAAUCGGAUAAAGCAGCAGCAACAGCAGAUUCAAGGACAAACAGCAAGAGUUAAAUAUCAUCAAAUCAAAUUAUAUAAAUCUAAAGGUAAUUCAAAUUUUAACGCAAACCAACAAAACCAGAAGAGAGGAACCUAAAAUUUACAAUAGAUGCAGCUAUUUUUUCACAAUUUUAAACUGAAAAACUGUAACAAAAACGCGAUCUGGGAUCGAGAUCGAGAGUUGAAUGCAAAACACAAUAGAUUUAAAGCUCCGGGGUGAAAGGCAGAUCGAAAGUGGGUGUAAAGAAGGGCGAUACGCAAGUCGUAUGGCAAAGGAUCACAAAAGUUGAUUAAAAAUAAAUUUAAGUCAAAUCUCUGGGGGAGUGUAAAAAAUGGAUUUAGAGGAUAAAAGUCAGCCAGUGCAAACUGAGAACUGUAAAUAUUGUAUUUGUGUGGGAGAAAAUAAAGGGAAAACCUUUGAAGAAUUGGCAUGCCAUCAGCAGAAGAAAGAGCGGAGUAGAAAGUAUUUUAAUUUUUUAAAAGCCGACGAAAAACACUUGUGGUGAUGUGGCAGAAGACUCGAAAAUUUACGAAGAGAGAGAAUUAUAUUUCUAUAGAUCGAAGGAAGGCUGGGAAAACUGCUAGGGAAAGCGGGAUAGCGGGAAGUACGGAAAAUAGAGGGGAAAAUAGAGUAGAGAACACUGGGUCGAAGAAAUAGUAACAGCAACAAUGUGAAGCAACAAUAGCAACUGAAAUUGUAUAAACAAACAAACGCAAACAAACUUUUGUAUGAGGAAGCCGAAAGAGAAACUGUCGCAGCGGCAGUUUAAAAACAGCAGUUAAAUAUGUGUUUAAUGUACAACAUAAAAUAGCAAGCUAUUUUAUAAACAAUAUUCAAUUUAUCCACAACUAAGUGAAUCGAAAACAAAAACAAACAAAACAAAAACAAAACCAAAAAGCUGCCAUCAACACUCAUGCAUUCAAUUAAAGCUCUUUAGUUUUACCAAUGUGAUUGAUGAUUGAUGAUUGAUGAUUGCUUGAUGGACGGACGACUAGUAAGCGCAACAAUUAAACAAUUGGACUAUGUUUGCCAGCUCAUAUGUGUAUUAGUGAAGCAUAAUUAAAUCCUUUCUUUGUCAAACAAAAAUAAGAAAAAGAAACUAAACAGAGGACAGCAGAACGCAUCAAGUAAACCCAUAUUCAAUUCAAUGAAACCAAAAGAAUCGAAACUAAAACCAGUAAACGUGUGCAGCCAUAGCAAAGCAAAUUAAAACAUACAUUUUUAAGUACCAUAUAUUAUAUAUGUAAAUCCAAACAAUGAAGCAGAGCCACAGCGAAAUAUUCAACGUAAUGCUAAUUUUUAAAUCGUAUUUGCUGGCGGAGAGCGGGCAGAACUUCAGUUGACUCCAAAAGUAGUAGAGGAUCGCAAUGUUUCGUACGCUAGUUUUCAAUAGCCAUCUCAUGCCCACUAAAGGAUUCACACACCAUACACCACACUCCACAUACGACACCUUCAACCUACCAAAUCAGCAUAAUCCACACCACCAAGACACCAAGAAUACUAUAAUAAUUGCGGGGAGCCGAAGGAGGAUCGAUGGAUCAGUUGGGAUCAGGCUGGGGUGCAGUGCAGUAUGAUACCGAUACUAGGAAUGCAGUUUUCGUAAUUUUUAAUUAUCCAUUAAACCAGAGAGGAGCAGAGGAGGAUAGGAGGGAAAUUAUAUUAUAUUAUAAAAUAAAAACAAGCGGGAGAAUCGAAAGAUAUCAUGGACUGAGCGUACAUAAGGCGUGGAAAAGAUGAGACGCUGGUGAAGCAACCAAUACUAGGAUUUUAGUUCAUAAGCUCUUAAGCGAUGGAAAUUACUGUGAGAACGGCUAACAAAAACGGAAAGCACACACAAAUCUACGGAAUGUUUGGCGGGGCGUUUAUGUUAAAUAUUUUUGAAAAACAAAAACAAAAACGACAAAAAUAGAGAAACAAAUUAUGUUGUAAACAAAGAAUACAAAGAUUUCAUUGCGUUUUGGGCCCGGCGACAGGCGCCCAAAAACUUGUGUUGUACAUAGUUACAUUAAUAAUAACAAUAUAUAUUUAAUAUAUAUAUAUACAUAUAUAUAUAUAUACUUACUCAUUAACAAUUAAGUCGACGAACGGUACAAGUGCAAAAGAGAGAAAGAAGUAUGAAAACAGAACAUUUGAGAAAACGAAUGAAGUGAAGAUGACAAGACGAAAAAGAAAAGAUACAAAAUAAUAAAGAAAUGCUCUGCAAUAGAAGA